AUGGCAGAAACAAACACAGCGACAGCAAUCCUGAACGAGAAAAGGACGAAUAGCUACCAAAUAGUCUAUCCUUCGGAUGACUGUGUUAAAGGAGACUGCACCCUGGAUAUAGCCGAUGUGGGAAUUUCCUACGCUAGAAUGCAGGAGCUCAACAUCUUCCAGUACGACGUAAUCCUCAUAAAAGGGAAGAAGCGGAAGGAGUCUCUCUUCAUGGUGAAGAAGAUGGACAUUCCGGACGACAAAAUAGUCCUUCUCCGGGAGGGCUGUGAGAACGUCUGCUCUCGCGUGGGGGACUACGUUAAGCUCUACGAGCUCCUGGACGAUACGAUCACCGUGGAAAAGGCGACUAUUUUGCCGGUUAAGGAGGACCUGGAGGGAGUGGAAAUCAACGUAUACGACGACCUCCUGAAAGGAUACUUCGAGAAGUCGGUGCGACCCAUCCACGAGAACGACGUCAUCACAAUCCGAAACAAUCGCGUCUUCCGGUUCAAAGUGACCCACGUCCAGGCAGGAAAGCAUUGCUACGGGAAAGUCGGAAAAGACACGGAAAUAUUCUGCUCCGGAGAAAUCAGCGAAGAUGAACUUCUAGCAGAUAAGAACAUGAUCGGAUACGACGACAUCGGAGGGUGCAGGAAGCAGAUGGCAAAGAUCCGGGAACUUGUCGACCUCCCCCUCAGGCACCCGAUUCUCUUCCAGAAGUUGGGGGCAAAACCCCCGAGGGGAAUUCUCAUGCACGGACCCCCAGGAACAGGAAAGACGAUGAUCGCACGAGCAGUUGCAAACGAGUCAGGUGCUUUCUUUUUCCUCAUCAACGGCCCAGAGAUCAUGUCGAAACUCUCCGGGGAGAGCGAGAAUAACCUCCGGAAAGCCUUCAAGGAGGCAGAGAAGCAGAGUCCCAGCAUAAUCUUCAUCGAUGAAAUAGACGCAAUCGCCCCGAAGAGGGAUAAGAGUCAGGGAGAAGUCGAGAAGAGAGUAGUUAGCCAACUGCUUACGCUCAUGGACGGACUAAACUCCAGGGCGACAGUUAUCGUGAUAGGAGCUACGAAUAGGCCGAAUAGCAUCGACCCAGCCCUCAGAAGAUUCGGAAGAUUCGACAGGGAGAUCGAAAUAGGAAUCCCAGACUUCGCAGGACGCCUUGAAAUUAUGCGCAUCCACACGAAGAAUAUCCUCAUCGCAGAGGAUACGGACAUCGAGAAAAUAGCGAAGGAUACGCACGGGUACACAGGAAGUGAUCUUGCUUCCCUCUGCUCGGAGGCAGCUCUCCAGCAAAUACGCGAGAAAAUGCACCUUUUCGACCUGGAUAGUGAUGUGCUCGAUAUAAACGUCCUGAACUCACUUGCAGUUACGCAGGAGAACUUCGAGUACGCUCUCAGGCACACAGAUCCUAGCUCCCUCAGAGAAACCGUUUUGGAGGCUCCGAAUAUCGCGUGGGAGGACGUGGGAGGACUCGAGAACGUAAAGGCAGAGCUUAAGGAGAUGGUCCAAUACCCCGUAGAAUAUCCGGAUCUGUACAGAGAGUUCGGAAUGAGUCCCUCGAGGGGAGUGCUUUUCUACGGACCCCCGGGAUGCGGUAAGACCCUCCUCGCGAAGGCAAUUGCAAGUCAGUGCAACGCAAACUUCAUUUCUAUUAAGGGCCCAGAGCUGCUUACGAUGUGGGUGGGGGAGAGCGAGGCAAACCUCCGAGAGAUUUUCGAUAAGGCAAGAGCAGCUUCUCCCUGCGUGCUUUUCUUCGAUGAGAUCGACUCGAUAGCGAGAGCGAGAAGUGGGGCUGGAGAGAGGUCGGGAGGAACAACGCAGAUCCUCAAUCAGAUGCUUAUUGAGAUGGACGGAAUGAACACGAAGAAAAACGUCUUUGUCAUUGGAGCUACGAAUAGGCCGGACGUCAUUGAGCCUGCGCUUAUGCGGCCGGGGAGACUCGAUCAGCUUAUAUACAUCCCACUCCCGGAUGAGGAGAGCAGAAUGUCGAUACUUCGCGCGAAUCUUCAGAAGGCUCCGCUGGAUCCGGGGGUGAACCUGCAGGAAAUCGCAGGGAAAACUGUUGGAUUUUCAGGUGCGGAUUUAACGGAACUUUGCCAGAGUGCGUGUAAGUUCGCGGUGAAGAAGCGGAUUGAGGAGGAGAUCAGGAGGAGGACGCAGAUGAAGGCGCAAAUGAAGGAGGCCGGGGAAGAUGCGAUGGAAAUAACGGAAAUGUCCGCCCCGGAGGAGCAGGAGCCUGCGAGAGUCCUCCCAGAGCACUUUAAGAAGGCGAUGGAGAGGGCCAGGAGAAGUGUCAGCGAGGAGGAGGAGAGAAAGUACGAGGGAUUCCAGAACAAGUACAGGGGAGGGAUCCUGAACGACACCCUCAACGACGAGACGGGCCUGUACGACUAA